CCCGCGGGCGCGCGCCAGAAACCGGAUGCCCCCCUGCAAGGCAAAGCCACGUGUCGCGACGCGGACCCGCGAGCGGGUCGCCGGGCACUGCAUCACCGCCUCUCGAUGUCGUGCGACCAAAGUGGAGACCGCACGCCCUGCUGGCUCCCAGCAACUGCAGCUGCUCCAGCUCCUUCAGUAGCUCCGGCCAUUCCAUCUUUCGCAGCCCCUCCAUGCGUCGGUCGCCUGUGAGGCGCAGCGCAAGCGAACUCCGAUGUGAACGAGGCGAGGAGGCACCUUGAGCCCCCCGGAGCUCAAUCCCACUCCCUUCACCGCCGCCUCCGCUGCGGCCACCGCCGCUGCCGAGAUUCAAGGGGUGCGGGUCGCCACGGAGAUGCCGGGCCAAGCGGCCACAUCUCCCCGGCCGGGCCCCACCGUCAGCGCACAGGCCACCGUGGGGGUCCUCGGGUCCCGGGGCCUCACGGGCGUGGACAUCGCGGUGCUGGUGCUGUACUUCGUGUUCGUGCUGGCCGUGGGGCUGUGGUCUAUGUGGAGUACCAAGCGGGGAACGGUGACCGGAUACUUCUUGGCCGGAAAGAAGAUGGUUUGGUGGCCGGUCGGGGCCUCUCUCUUCGCCAGCAACGUGGGCAGCGGCCACUUCAUGGGGCUCGCGGGCAGCGCCGCCGCCUCCGGCAUCGCCGUGGCCGCCUACGAAUUCAACGGCAUGUUCGUGGUGCUUCUGCUCGCCUGGGUCUUCCUGCCUAUUUACAUCGCAUCCGGGGUGACCACGAUGCCCGAAUACCUGCAGAGGAGGUUUGGGAGCAAACGCAUCCGCAUUUACAUCGCCGUCCUCUACCUCUUCAUCUACAUCUUCACCAAGAUAUCGGUGGACAUGUACGCCGGCGCCGUAUUCAUCCAGCAGGCGCUAAACUGGAACCUCUACGUGGCGGUGGCGCUGCUCCUGGCCAUCACGGCGCUCUACACCAUCGGAGGUGGCCUGGCCGCCGUCAUCUACACCGACACGCUGCAGACGCUGAUCAUGUUCAUCGGAGCGCUCAUCCUCAUGGGAUACAGUUUCUGGAACAUCGGCGGCUAUGAGAACCUGUACGAGCGCUACUUCCUGGCGAUCCCCACGCGGCGGGACCCCAACUCGACGUGCGGGAUCCCGCGCGAGGAUGCCUUCCACAUGUUCCGCGACCCCGUGACCUCCGACCUGCCGUGGCCCGCCGUCAUCGUCGGCAUGAGCAUCCCGUCCAUCUGGUACUGGUGUACCGACCAGGUCAUAGUUCAGAGGUCGCUGUCCGCCAAGAACCUCUCGCACGCCAAGGGCGCCUCCCUCUUUGCCUCCUCAAUGAAGGUGCUGCCCCUCUUCAUGAUGGUCUUCCCGGGAAUGAUCAGCCGCGUGCUCUUCACCGAGGAGGUGGCGUGCGUGGACCCCGAGGUGUGCGAGGCCGUGUGCCAGAACCGCGUGAGCUGCACCGACAUUGCCUACCCCAAGCUCGUCAUGGAGCUGCUGCCGGAGGGGCUCCGCGGGCUGAUGAUGUCGGUGAUGAUCGCCGCGCUCAUGUCCUCGCUCACCUCCAUCUUCAACUCCUCCAGCACCAUCUUCACCAUGGACCUGUGGCGUUACAUCCGCCCGCGCGCCUCCGAGCGCGAGCUCAUGAUCGUCGGCAGGGUGUUUGUGCUGGUGCUCGUCGUGGUGUCCAUCGUCUGGAUUCCCGUGGUCCAGGCCAGCCAGGGCGGGCAGCUCUUCUUCUACAUCCAAGCCAUCAGCUCCUACCUGCAGCCGCCCGUCGCCAUCGCGUUCAUGCUGGCCUGCGCCUGGAGGCGGGCCAACGAGACCGGCACGUUCUGGGGCCUCAUGGUGGGCCUCGCGGUCGGCCUCACGCGCAUGGUCCUCGACUUCGUGUACCCCGAGCCGGGCUGUGGCGACGAGGACACGCGCCCGUCCAUCACGCGCUACGUGCACUACCUCUACUUCUCCAUGAUCCUCUCCUGCAUCACCCUCGUGGUCAUCGUGGCCGUCAGCCUCGCCACCGAUGCGCCCACGCCCGAGCAGCUGGUGCGCCUCACGUGGUUCACGCGGAACGAUAAGCCCCUCGCGCCGGUCGAGGACCGGAAUGGCAACGACGCCCACGUCAUCGCCGCCGACGCCGCCGGGGGGACCGAGAAAGCGUCGUUCCGCGACGACGUGUCCAUCGCGCAGGGCAACUCGGAGCCCACGCGAGACGGAGCUUCCGACGGCAGCUUGCCCCGGCGCCGGCCACUGUGGAAGCGGGCGCUGCUGUGGUUCUGCGGUUUGGACGGGCCGCCGAGCUCGGGCGCCGGCACGGAGCAGCGGGGCUACGAAGCCUCUCUGCCACCUGCGGGGGACGUCGAGGCCGCCCUGUAUGAGGAUCCCAGGGCGAGGCGCCUCAUGAACGCGUGCCUCCUCGUCUGGAUGUCCGCCGGCAUCUUCCUCUGGGCCUACUUCGGCUGACGGCACCUCCCGGUCGUGCCGGCGCAGGGGGGGGAGUUACCGUAACGAGGAUGGAUUAGCGGCGUCGGCGCCGUGCCCUCUGCUAACGGGCCGCCGGGAGGUGGCUUUAGUGAAAAAAAUAUUUAAAAAUUUAUUUACCAGGUAAGGCCCUCUGAGCUAUUGAGCUCUUUUGUCAAAAGAAACCUGGCCAAACAAAUGUUAGCUCACCGAAGUGGCUUAUCAUCAUGUGGAAUUUUAUAGUAGCCAAAUACUCUAAACGCGUGAUAUUCAUUCAAAAUGUGGAGGGAAAAACCAGAAGGCCCGAAGAAAAAUCCACACGAGCAUGGGGAGAGAAAACACGCAAACUCGAAAUAUACAGGCGUCAGGGUCAGGAUCGAACCCACGACCUCCUGUAUACCUGGCGAGGUAGUUAACAUCUCGCCACCCUGACGACCAUCCUUUGGGACAGCGUUGCCGGCUCGGCGAUUUUGUCGCUAGAUGGAGCGACUUUUAGGGGUUUCUCUAAAAAUGACACUUUGUCGAAGUGAUUAGCGACAAAA